AUGGUCAAUACGGUAGUUAAGGGUGAUGUAAUGAAUGGAUUAGUUAGUAAAUACAGCGACGUAUUUAGUGAAAAGCUAGGAUGUUUUAAACUAAGUAAAGUCUCAUUACAGCAGAAGCCUGGGGCACGACCUGUGUUCUGUAAGCCAAGGAACGUGCCAAUAGCAUUUAAGAAGCCUCUGGAGGAGGAGCUGAGGAAAUUGGAAGCCGAAGGAGUGAUAUCGCCUGUCGAAAUCAGCCCGCACGGAACACCGUUGGUUCUGAAAACUGAUGGCAGAAUUAGGGUGUGUGGAGAUUAUAAAUCGACAGUGAACCGAUACUUGGAAGAGGCAUAUUAUCAGUUCGAAUUAGAUGACGAUGCGAAUCAGUUGCUCACUUGGAGCACGCAUAAGGGUUUAUAUAAAGUUAAUAGAAUGCCUUACGGUAUUAGUCCAGCUUCUGCCAUAUUCCAAAGACAUUUAGAGCAAUUAUUUCAAGGUAUGGAGAAUGUAAGCAAUUUUAUUGACGACAUCUUAGUUACAGGAAAAGAUGACGAGGAGCACAUUAGGAUGCUAGAUAAUGUAUUGAGGAAAUUACAGGACGCGGGACUGACUGUAAAAGCGGACAAAUGCAAGUUUUUCCAGGAUGAACUGGAGUACCUGGGACAUAAAAUAACAAAGGAAGGUAUAAAGAAGACUGAGGAUAAAGUGGAGGCGAUCGUAGCGGCACCGACACCCACUAACAUCAGUGAAACCCGGAGCUUCAUAGGUAUGGUCAACUACUAUAGCAAGUUUAUUCCAGAUUUGGCCACGAAGCUGAAGCCCAUAUACAAUUCGCUGAAGAAGGAUAGUAAAUUUCGGUGGAAUAAAGAAUGCAGCCAAGUGUUUGAGGAACCCAUAAUCGUCACCACAGAUGCAAGUAAUUACGGUAUUUCAGCAACCUUAAGCCAUUUAGUUAAAGGAGAAGAGAAGCCCGUAGCAUGUGUCUCGAGAACGUUGAGCCCUAGUGAAGAGGCGUACUCAACAAUACACAAGGAGGCACUGGCUAUCUAUUUUGGGGUAAGAAAAUUCCAGCAAUAUUUAAUCGGUCAUAAGUUUACGUUAAAAUGCGACCAUAAGCCAUUAUUGGCUAUUUUUGGCGAGUACAAUCAGAUCCCUAUAAUGCAUGCAAAUCGAUUGCAAAGAUGGGCUAUCUAUUUGGCAAAUUUCAAUUAUACAAUACAGUACAUUAAGGGUUGUAAUAAUCACCUGGCAGAUUAUCUGUCAAGGGCGCCGUUGAGGAUUAAAACCGUAGACAAAGACUACGAGGGCAAAGAAAAUUAUUUUAAUUAUGUUCACAGCUAUGAAGGAUGGCCAGUCGACAGUAAGACGGUGACAGAAGAGAGUAGGCAGGACAAGGUGCUGAGGAAGGUCCGGGAAAAAGUACAGGGUAACUGGACCAAGCUAGAUGAAGAAGAGCUCAGACCGUACUUCGUCAGGAAAGACGAGAUAGUUGUCGAAGGAGAUAUGCUAGUAUGGGGACAUAGGGUCAUCAUUCCAAGCCGAUUAAGAAGGAGGAUGUUGGACGAACUUCACGCCUCGCACUUGGGCAUCGCGAAAGCCAAGGCGACAGCCAGAAGUUAUAUGUGGUGGCCGAAGAUGGACGAAGACAUUGCGGCCACGGUAAAAGCCUGCAUGCCGUGUCUCCACCAAAGAGCAGACCCUCCUAAAGCCGAACUCACGCCCUGGCAAGUGGAAACGGAACCAUGGUCAAGAGUGCAUGCGGAUCACCUAGGGCCUCUUCAGGGGAAGUACUUCUUAAUAAUGGUUGAUGCGUACAGCAAGUUUCCUGAAGUCUACCCAGUGAGGGCACUAGCAAGUGAGGUAACGGAAGAAAAAUUCCGAGACGCUUUUUCCAGGUUUGGACUGCCUCGAACGCUUGUCACAGACAACGGCAAGAGCUUCACGGCAGCAAACAUGAAAAGAUUUUAUGAACGGAACGGAAUUAAACAUAUUACCACGCCAGUGGCAAACCCCCAAUCAAACGGUCAAGCCGAAAAUAUGGUGAAAACUUUUAAAAAUAAAAUCAAGGCAGCCCUAUUAGACGAAAGAAAUAAAAAUGUUGAAAUGUCUGUUUUAAUUUCCAGAUUCUUGCUAAAUUACAGGACCAGCAUUCAUGAGACGACGAAGGAAACCCCAUCGAAAUUGUUAAUGGGGAGGAAUCUGCGAAACAGGUUAGACUUCUUGCAGGAACCGAGACUCCAAAGAAACGAGGCGGUCUCAGUAAACAUGCGAAGGGCUCAAGAAAAGCAACGGAAGCACUAUAGCCAGAGUAAAAGACGACAAUUUAAGGUGGGAGAAGCCGUGAUGGUGAGAGACUACCGGAAAGUGAACACGAGACAGUGGACAGAAGCUCAGGUUGAAAGAGUACUAGGGAAAUCCACGUUCUUAUGUAGGCUGAGAACGGGCGAAGCAUGGAAGCGGCACUCAAACCAGAUCAUAAAUAUCGGAAAGCUACAGACAGGUCGAGAACCCAAUGAGGCAGGCACAGCGAAACCGUGCGACAGCUCAAUAAGAACACCGACCAGGGCAUCGCAGCCGAGCAAGCAGAGCAGAUGGGCCAGCGAUGCGACGAGGAAGAAAGAGUACCAGGGAAGACGACCGAACAACAAACCGGGGAGGAGACGGCCCGGAAACAACCGAUAAGGAGGACGGACCAACAGCCCGAGAGGGAGAGGACGCUCCGAAGUCGACCAGAGAGAGUGAGGAAGAAACCACAAAGGUUUAAUGAUUUCAUAACAUAGAG